AGGAGUGAUGCCAUUUAUCAAACCGGCGUACCAAUGUACGGAGUUACGUCGAAAUUACUUCAGGCAGUCCAAACUCCUAGUGCUUCUCUGCUUGGUGGCGUGUGCUGCCGCAGACUACGACGGCUAUUAUGGCGACCAGUACAAGUACCCGGGCAGAUACGGCCCGCCAGUCUACUAUGGCAAGUACGACGGAGGAUAUUAUCCAGACUAUUACAGCUACAAACCAUACGGCAAGAACAACUACCGCUACAACUACGACAUCUACUACCCCUGGGAAUGGGCCAAGCAGGGCAAGUACGAGAGCAACUACGGUGGCCGCACCCGCGGCGGGUAUUAUGUAAAGCUGCCGUACAGCAAGGUCAACGUCGACUACGACAUCAAACACGGUGGCCACGGCUAUUCCGAAAAGCCCUGGUACUAACACCGCAAGUUCCACAAAUCGGCAGCAAUUGCUUUGGGUACUGAGGUAUCCCUAACUGAUAUACUGAUGGCGGCAGACAGACACCAACAGGUACCGACCAGCCCUCCGUAAUCGUGAUAAGCCAUAACUUCAGGUCUGUGUGCUGUGAAUAAGCCGGCGUCCGUGUGCUGGUGGGCUGAGUGCGCAUGCCUGGCCGACAGUUUGCACCACUAAUAUCGCGUCAUGUACCAUGUCUUUAUCUGAUAAUUAAGACCAUGGACAAAAGACAAAUCAAACCAAAUGGACAGUGCAUAUGUAUGUCAUGGAAGCAACUUGAAGAACUAAACAUAUGCAAAACAAC